GCUGCGCCUCAGCGGCGCCGCGCACAGGUCUCCGCUCGGCUCGCCAGCUCCGGCUCCCGGCUGCCGCGGGCCGCCCCGCUGCCCACAGAGCCCAGGCGGGGCGGGAAAGCGGCCAUGAAGCAAAGCCGAAGACGCCUGUCAGCUGCCUCCCGGCGCCGCCCGCGCCGCUCCCAUUGUCACCGCCUCGUACGCCGGAAGUGGAGCUGCGCGCGCCCGGGUGGCUGUCGGGAGGGGCCGGCGAGGGGGAGAGUAGCAGGCGAACCGCGAAGAGGCUCCCUGCGCGGGCUAGUGAGGAACCGUGAUCCUUGCGGGCUACCGUCCCGGAAGUGGACUCGAGAGGAAGAAAGUAGUAGGGUUGGUGGGGAUAAAUAGAUUUCCGGAGGUUUUAAGUGCGGAUUAACAGAAGUUUUUGUGGCGUGUGUUGUCCAGCGUGGACUCAGAGGUUUUAGUGACUUCACCUGAAGGAGUUAGCUUCUCUGCUGAGCCCGACCUGUCUGUGGUGGGGCAGAAGGUGGCUCUAGAUGCGUGAGCCUCGGGGCUUCUGGUAAAAGAAAACGCCUGAGAAAGCCGGUCUGCGCUCUUCUUCGGUGGCCGCCUUAGAGAAGAGCUGAUGCCUUAGUGGCUUAUCAUGGCCCAGCGGGCAGUGUGGCUCAUAAGCCACGAACCGGGAACUCCACUUUGUGGCACCGUCAGAUUCUCCAGACGGUAUCCAACUGUUGAAAAAAGAGCCAGAGUCUUCAAUGGAGCAAGUUAUGUGCCUGUUCCUGAAGAUGGUCCCUUCCUUAAAGCACUGCUUUUCGAACUGAGAUUAUUGGAUGAUGAUAAGGACUUUUCGGAGAGUCGUGAUAGCUGUUCACACAUCAAUAAAACAUCCAUUUAUGCACUCCCAGUAGGAGGUGAAGAACUCUGGCCAGUUGUUGCUUUCUUGAAGAAUGGCAUGAUAUACGCUUGUGUUCCACUGGUUGAACAAACUUUAUCCCCUCGUCCACCAUUAAUUAGCAUUAGUGGAAUUUCACAAGGCUUUGAACUUCUUUUUGGGGUACAGGGUUUUCUUUACUCAGGUCAAAAAAAUGACAGUGAGCUAAAUACAAAAUUGAGCCAGUUGCCCGACUUGCUUCUACAGGCUUGUCCUUUUGGCACUUUGUUAGAUGCCAACUUACAAAAUUCAUUGGAUAGUAUUAAUUUUGCUUCUGUUACUCAUCCACAAAAACAGCCAACCUGGAAAGCUGGAACAUACAAAGGAAAACCACAGGUUUCUAUUUCUAUCACUGAAAAGGUAAAAUCCAUGCAAUAUGAUAAACAGGAUAUAGCAGAUACAUGGCAAGUCAUUGGAGUUGUCACUUGCAAGUGUGAUUUAGAAGGAAGUAUGCCAAAUGUUACCAUCAGCUUGAGUCUCCCCACCAAUGGAUCUCCACUUCAGGAUAUUCUGGUUCAUCCUUGUGUGACAUCUCUCGACUCUGCCGUUCUGACUUCUAGUAGCAUUGAUGCAGCGGAUGAUUCUGCAUUUAGUGGGCCUUACAAAUUUCCACUCACUCCACCUUUAGAGUCAUUCAACUUAUGCUACUACACUUCUCAGGUCCCUGUGCCACCAAUUUUGGGUUUUUAUCAGGUAAAAGAGGAAGAAGUACAACUAAAAAUAACAGUUAAUUUAAAACUUCAUGAAAGUGUGAAAAAUAGUUUUGAAUUCUGUGAAGCUCAUAUACCUUUUUACAACAGAGGUCCAGUCACACAUGUGGAAUACAAAGUUACUUUUGGCCAGCUUGAAGUAUUUCGAGAGAAAAGCUUAUUGAUCUGGAUUAUUGGACAGAAGUUCCCAAAAUCAAUGGAAAUUAGUCUUUCUGGAACUGUAACUUUUGGAGCCAAGAGCCAUGAAAAGCAGCCAUUUGACCAGAUUUGCAUUGGAGGUACAGCAUAUUUAAAGCUUCAUUUUAGGAUCUUAGAUUACACACUCACUGGGUGUUAUGCGGAUCAGCAUUCAGUUCAAGUUUUUGCAUCAGGAAAACCAAAAAUAAGUACAUACCGGAAACUAAUUUCUUCUGACUAUUACAUCUGGAAUUCUAAAGCUCCUGCUCCAGUAACAUAUGGAUCAUUAUUACUAAACCUGUCACUUCAGGAUAAUUUCUGAAGACAAAGUCUGUUUCCCGUUUGGUAGGUGACCUGUUUAAUGUUUUCUCUGUGUCUGGGAACUCCUUAGUGUAAUUAGCGACCUUUGAACUCCACAACUAAUCCUGAGCUAUUUUGUAUUCCUUACUCAUCUUUAAGGCUGGACCUUUCUUUUCUUCAGAGUCUGCUGCCACAAUUAAAGAAGAAACAGCUGCAUUUCAAAGGGAUUCCGAUUCCAGAAGCUUAAUCGUGAUUGACAUGUUCUUAUUCUAAGCUAUAAGACACUCUAAGAGUCCUUUCUUGGGUUAAAACUUCAAUCAUUUUCUAAAAUAUUAUCUCGCUAUGGAUUUUAUUCAUUUUCUUUGAUAACUAUUCUUUGCAUUUUUUAACUUGAAAGAUGCUGUGUGUUUGCACUGAAUAUGAGCACCUUCUUCCAUUUAAAGAUUUGGAUGGUGUCAGACCGCUAGAUGCAAAGUUGCUAAAUUCCCUUUAGUGCCAAAAUAUGAUUAUGAAAUCUGAUGUCUAUCAUAUGGGUAAUUAUUCUUCAGUAGACCCAAAAUGUACAAAAAGUGUUACAUUUCUGAAAAUGUACUCUAACUUUUUAAAGUCAGCAGUACCCUUAUAGCAUAAGAUAAUCCCCUUACAGUGGUGGGCAUUUUUUACCUUUUACUUUUUAAAUAAUUGAUUCAAAUGUCAGGUUUGAAGUAAAUAAC